AUGAGUGUUGAAAAUUUAGAUUUCUCAGUUUUGGAUUUACCACAAAACCAGAAAAUAUUAAACAUUUUUAAGACUUCAGUUAACACUUUGUCUUGUAAUUCCGCUCUUAAUUUGUUAAAACAAGAAUGUAUUAAUGGCUGUAUUUUGAGUUACAACGAAAAGUUAGAUGAAGUAUUUAGAAACAUUUUAGUUCCAAAGAAAAUCAUCGAAUUUACCGGUCAUUUCGAAUGUUCAACUCCAGUAUGUUUCAGACUAUGCGUUACCGUUCAAAUGCCCAAAACUCACGGUGGAUGUGGCGGGGAAGCAUUUUAUAUUAGUACAAAUAGUAAUUUUUCUAUAGAUAAAUUAAAAGAAGUAGCUACUGAGUUUUUUGAAGAAUAUCCUAACAUUCUCGAAGAAUUUAAUGUGGAAUAUAUUUUGGAUCAUAUAUACUAUACAAAAGUUAUCAACCCACUAGAAUUUACUGCGUGUCUUUACAAACUGGAGCGCAUUUUACAACAGAAAGAAAUUCGUUUAUUAAUCGUAGACAGUAUAUCCUAUAUAUUAAGGCAACUAGAUGGUACAGAACGUUUUAAAUUAACCAACAAAGUUAUUCAAUUGUUACGAUAUCUUUCCAUUAAGUACAAUUUAUGUGUAAUAAUUACAAACUUUUGUACUACAAGAAUCGAUGGAGAUAAAGCCUAUAUUACAGCUUCAUUCGGGGACAGCUUUUAUCACUUAGUUAAUUCAAGAUUCUCGUUCACCAGAAUUUCCAACGACAUUCAAGUUAAAGUAGCCAAGAGUUUAAUAGUCAAUGAGAAAGAAACCGUUAUUAUAUAG